GAGAGGCUGAGGGGGGUGACAGGCAGUAAGUGGGGCCACACUCGCCGAUACAACGGAGCCCUUUUAGGGAUGAUGAGGCACCUCGUCCCUCGCUCGAGUUGAACGUGUCGGAUCACCUCUGGGUUUUAUUUAUAACGGACACGAACGUUGUGUAGGAGGCAGACCGGCGAGACAAUCCCGGAAGUAACAUGCGUCCUCAGACUGUCACGUACGCUUCACUGUGGACUGGCAUUGCGAGCUGCGGGAGAUAUCCUGCACAGCCUCACAAUGUUUAUCCGACGGACACAAACAAAUGCGCCGCUCCAGAGUAUCGAUCAGUAGCCUGAUUGGUGAAAUACGUGCCACGCGUGGGAGAGGACUCGGACAUGAAACUUCCAGUGGCUGUGACACAGAUUCUCUCCCAUCAGAGAAAGCCGCGGCUCCGCUAGAAAAAUGAAGCGAGGACGUGAGCUACGUGCGCAUCCAGCCGAUGACGAGGUGAAAUGGAGAGCUUGGGACACGCGGACCUUUUAAACCCAAGCUCUCUCCGCGGAUCAGUCGCCGUUUCAGCCCCGCAGGAGAGGGGCACGAGCGGCCAGCAGCUCGUCUCCGGAGCGGCAGAGAGCCACCACACGUACGGAGCGGACAUGGGGCUCAACGGCGCCUGCGCGCCGCCGGUCGGGAGUCCAACGGCCGCGGAGUUCCUCGCGGGUCUGGCCUCGCAGACCGACUCCCCUGCCAUCACGACCCCGACGAAGCAGGCCAAAAUCGGCGGCGGGGUGGUGUCUCCGUCUGCCACCGUGGAGGGGAGACACGCACACGCUUUGGCUCGCACGCCGAACGGUUACCCGACGCAAGUGAAGUGGGUGGCGGGGGGCCCUGUGUACCCCCCCACCAGCAGAGCCUGUCUAGCGGAGAACGGCGACCCUUUACUGGUGAGGAGGAUCCAUGGGGACCUGAGAGCCAGACAGAUGCAACAACAGAAACGCAGAGGUGGGGAGAACCGGGACAUGGGGUCAGGGACUCUUAGUAGUCUCAUAAUGGGAUCCUUGGGGUUAGAAAGUUCUGUGGACCAGGUUUGUGCUUCGGUUGACUCAGACUUUAAGUGGAGAAGGCUGGGAGAUGGAAUUGCUGCUCACAAAUCAGAGGCCUCCAGAGUGGCGCGAGCAGUCCACUGCAGUAACAACUCCAACCAAAUGACUAUCAAUCAUGUUCCCAGUGUCACUCCCCAAGCCCCCUUCACCCCUCAUACUAACCAGCACAACGAACACAAAGUGGCCUCCUCAGGCCCACCAGCUGCACCCGGCCAGACGUCCCCCGCCGAGGCUCACAGCAUCCUGACCCCACCAUGUCCUGCAGGGGUUGGCUGGUCAGCAGAUCACAUAGCCCAGCAGUACAUCGUCCCCUCCAUGAAAUACUAUGGCAUCUGUGUGAAGGACAACUUCCUGGGCCCUCAGCUGGGCGGCAGGAUGCUGGAGGAGGUAGAAGUCCUAAACCAUAGCGGGAAAUUUCGGGGUGGGCAGCUGGUGAGCCAGAAGAGCAUUCCCUCUCGGAACAUCCGGGGCGACCAGAUCGCUUGGGUGGAGGGACGAGAGCCCGGAUGUGAGAGCAUCGGGGCGCUGAUGGCUUAUAUUGACGAGGCCGUCAUGUACAGCGCAGCCAAUGGACAGCUGGGAGACUGUGUCAUCAAUGGACGCACUAAGGCUAUGGUUGCUUGUUACCCAGGGAACGGCACGGGUUACGUCCGUCAUGUUGACAACCCGAAUGGUGACGGGCGCUGCAUCACAUGUAUCUACUAUCUCAACAAGAACUGGGAUGUCAAGAAACAAGGCGGGUUGCUGCAGAUCUACCCUGAAGGCAAAAAUAUGGUAGCCAACAUCGAACCUCUGUUUGACCGGCUGCUGAUAUUCUGGUCCGACCGCAGAAACCCACACGAAGUCAAGCCAGCCUACGCCACUCGCUAUGCUAUCACAGUUUGGUACUUUGAUGCCAAAGAGAGAGCUGAAGCUAAAGAGAAGUACAGAUUGGCAACAGGACAGAAGGGUGUUCAAGUGCCUGUCACCCAAAACAGCAGGACGUAAGUCUCAUUCUAUCUGAAAGAAGGAUCUGCCUUCCUGAACUGCUAGCGAACGUCGCGAUCAAAAAGAGAGACGCCAUCAGUCUGUCAGUCAUCAAUGCAGCUCCAUGCGGCCUGCUGCCCGAUUCCCUUUUCAGACUGUGACGUUUCCCGGCCAUGUGGUCAGGUUGCAGGUGAACCGCACAAUGGACUGGAUCGUGUGACAAAGGUGAGAUCAGAGUUACCCGUCGUGGUACAAAGAAAUGAAGUCACCAAACUGAAGAACAAAAAACAAACUCCUUCAUUUUAUUUUGUUGCAGUUUUGCCUGUUUGGUUAUCAGUGAUGCUGUUGAGUAUUGAGACGGUAUUGUUUUACUCUGCUUUGGUGUCAUUUUUUCAGUUCAGACACAAGGAGCAUAAAUCAUGAAUCGGUGAACAGACGGGGUGGAAAACGGGGUGCAAGGAGUUGCCAUCACUGGUUUUGUCCCUGUAAUGUCCGCUCGUCUGUGAUGAGGUCCCUGUUGUCGAUGCCCGAUCCGCUCCGGCGGCAAUAUUACAAAUCCUACGAUUGUCAAGGGGGGCUGGCCCGACUGGAGUGGGCGGAAGGAAUGUUCUGUGUUAUGACUGUAUUGAAGCACUUUCUUUGAUUUAAAAAAAAUAAAUAAAAAUAGUGCGAUGUUGUGUGAAACGAAA